AAUAUAUACAUAUAUAUAAAAUAGAGGGAAGCUGACACAUCGCACAUUGACAGAUACCAUAGACACCACCCCACACAUUCUGAGAGAUAGGGUUACGAAUCUAAUCCUCAAACCAAAGUCUCUCAUUUGUCUACUAAUUCGCCUUCCGCUGCUGCUUCUCAUGGCGUCCAAUUCGAACAAGGAUGUUCCCUCUGGUGAGAAAACAGGUUCUACUGAAACCAAAAUCCCUAAAUCAGAAACGUCUUCUGGGGAGUCACAGUCAGGACAAGGAAGAUCUCCCCCUUCGUCAGGACCUGGAUUUCCUCCCAAUGUUUUUGAUUUCUCAGCCAUGAGUGGUCUGCUUAAUGACCCAAGCAUCAAGGAAUUGGCUGAGCAGAUAGCAAAAGAUCCUUCAUUUAACCAGAUGGCAGAUCAGCUCCAUAAAACUCUUCAAGGUGUAGGAGCAGAAGAUGAGAUCCCUCAGUUUGAUUCACAACAAUACUAUUCCACCAUGCAACAGGUUAUGCAGAAUCCUCAAUUUAUGGCUAUGGCUGAACGCCUCGGCAGUGCAUUGAUGCAGGAUCCAUCUAUGUCUCAAAUGCUUGAGAGUUUGGCAAAUCCAGCACAAAAAGAUCAGAUUGAGGAACGAAUGGCACGAAUUAAAGAUGAUCCUUCUUUAAAACCUAUAUUAGAAGAGAUAGAGUCCGGUGGUCCGGCGGCCAUGAUGAGGUAUUGGAAUGACAAGGAAGUUCUACAAAAGUUGGGUGAAGCAAUGGGUCUCGCAGUUUCUGGAGAAGCAACCACUUCCGUAGAAAAUCCUGGGCUAGAUGAAGAGGAAGAAGCAGGAAAUGAGGAUGAGUCGAUAGUUCACCAUUGUGCUAGUGUUGGUGAUGUUGAGGGUUUGAAAAAUGCAAUGGCUUCUGGCGCUAACAAGGAUGAAGAGGAUUCUGAGGGAAGAACAGCACUGCAUUUUGCUUGUGGAUAUGGAGAGGUAAAGUGUGCUCAAAUCCUUCUUGAGGCAGGAGCAACUGUUGAUGCACUGGAUAAAAAUAAGAACACUGCACUUCAUUAUGCUGCUGGUUAUGGAAGGAAGGAGUGUGUAGCCCUUCUGCUAGAGAAUGGUGCUGCUGUCACCCUUCAGAACAUGGAUGGCAAGACUCCCAUUGAUGUUGCCAAGCUAAACAACCAGCAUGAUGUACUAAAGUUGCUUGAGAAGGAUGCCUUCCUGUAGCUAGGAGUAUGAGUGGCAUGUGCCUGUUGUAGGGACUCAAGUGUGAUAGGCGAAUUUGUUCUCUAUGCUGUCUUUGCGGCUGUCAGUUGCUACAUCUUACGAUUUUAUAGUCAGUACCAUAAAAAAUUUUUUCUCCUUCUCUUUUUUUUUUUAAAUUAAAAAAAUAUUUGUGGGAUUUCUAGGGCAUGUCAUAUCAUGUUUUCUAUUUCCUGGUUCCAUUUAGUUACUAUUAAAAACUACUGUAAACAUCCGCUAUGUGGUAAUGUUGGAAACAUUCUAUGUUUCUUGUUUGAUCAUUUGAAUGAUAUAUUUCAGUAUGUUUUUCA